AUGGAAUGGAAUUACAUCAUUCGUAUUUUCAGAAAUUUUGGUUUCUCAGAGAAAUGGUGUGAUCUCAUUUCUGAAUGUAUUUCAACAGUCAAAUCCACAGUUCUGUUGAAUGGGAUACCAGGUAUACCUUUUAACCCUACUAGGGGUCUUCGACAAGGGGAUCCCUUGUAUCCGUAUCUGUUUAUAACUGCUUUGGAGGGGUUAUCCAGAUUAUUUUAUCAAGCUGAACAAGAUAAAACUUUCGCUAGAAUGCAAAUUAAUAAAAGAUGUCCAGUUAUCUCACAUCUUCUCUUUGCCGAUGACUGUUUUAUCUUCUGUAAGGAAAAUAUUGCUGAGUGUUUUGAAUUUCCUGUCUCUGUGUUAGAAAAGUUUGAUAGGAUUCAACGAGACUUUUGGUGGAAUAAAAAUAAUCCUAAGAAGGCUUAUUACCCGAAAGCUUGGUGUACUGUUUAUACACCCAGAUCUUGUGGAGGUUUAGGUAUUCGUAAUCCACAUAAAAUGAAUGUUUCUCUUUUAAGUAAGCUUGCUUGGAGGCUUCUAAAUAAUCCAAAUGAUCUUUGGAUCAGGACAAGUAUUAGGAAAGGUAUAGAAAUUAUAAAAGAGAAUAGUAUUUGGGAAAUAGGCAGUGGCACAAAUGUUCAAAUAGCUAAGGAUAAUUGGAUUCCAAAAACAGGUAUAUUUAAUAACUGGCAGCAUGAAGACUUGGUUUAUGUUUCAGAUUUGACUGAUAUAGAUGGACAAUGGAAUAAGGGUUUAAUAGACUUUGUUUUUCCUGAGACUGUGGCUUCUAAAAUUAAGGCCAUUUAUAUAAACACACAAAAUCAAAAUAAAUUGAGAUGGUUAGGAAACAGGAAUGGUGAAUUCUCAACAAAAUCAGCUUAUAAGAUCAUUUCUAGAGAAGAUCAUAUUACAAAUGACAAAAUUUGGCAUAUGAAAUUGAUUCCUAGGGUAUCUCUUUUUACUUGGAAGAUGACAGCGGAUGUGCUUCCAUUGAGAGCAAAAAUGAAUGAUUUUCUUAAGCACACAGAGCUUUUUUGCUUACUAUGUAAAAAGAACAUACUGGAAACCUCUGCGCAUUUGUUCAUUUCUUGUAACUUUACAAGAGCUGUCUGGUUUGGUCUUGGUUUACAAAUUCCAGCAUAUGAUGGAAAUUUCUUAAAUUGGGUUAUGUCCUGGUUUUCAAAAGCACUAUGGGAUUACAAAGAAGUAUUUAGCAUUAUCUGUUGGAAAAUUUGGAACUACAGAAAUGAUGUCAAUUUCAAAAAACUAGAUCCUAAUCCUUUAGACUGUAUAAAAGAAAUUAGGGAUUUUCUGAAACAGUGCGACUCUUAUUCUGAAACAGAUGGAUCUUUUGGAAUUGGAAUUGUCUUUUGGUUAAACAAUAAAGUUGCUGACAUCAAUUUCUUAUCAGGAACAAUCACAGGAUCAGCAGCAGCAGAAGCAUUAGCACUACAACAGACAGUUAGAUGGGAAAAGGAGCUAAAGAUAAAUAAUCUUAGGAUUAAAGCGGAUUGUAUGGAUGCAGUUAUUUUUUUGAACAACAGGGCAUCAACUUGUGAUUGGAGAUCAAUAGCUAUUCUAAAGGAUGUCCAUAUUUUGUUGGGAAAUUUUGAACAUGUUGAUAUUAGCUAUGUAAAUAGAAAGAAUAACGGGGAAGCGGAUAAACUAGCUAGAUGGAGUAGGAAAAAACAAAAAUAUUAUAUUAUUGAUAACUCCAAUAUUUUGCUUGUUAAGAACAAAAUCCUAAAUGGUAUUGUAAAUCGGCAUAAUAUCUUGAUAUACAGUUGUUAG